AUGGAUCAUUCCCCGGCAUCGCGGUUUUCUGUGGAGAAUCUUUCCCCUACUUCUCCUGGAGGUCGGAAUGAAUAUCCUUUCCCAAGACCAGGUUCCUCCAAUAGCAGACUUUAUCCGAGGCGCGGGUCAACAGCUAGCUCGAUACAUUCGAUAGGGGGGACAUUGGAUUCGGUCUCACAAUGGCACGGGUUCCAUGAAUCUGGGCAGAACGCUAUAUCUACUUUACUCCAACCACCGAUCGUUCGAACUGGUCUCAUUCCCCACACUUCUGCCCCCGCAUCGAGUGCACAUAAACCUCCGACGGCUCGAGAUAUACCGCCAGUAACUCUCACAAACAUACCCCAUGUCGACCCUUCGGAAUUUAAGUCGUAUUUAACCCAGGUGGGGGCAACUUAUGAUGCAUUACAAAGAGCGAAAGAGAAUGAGGAAGAGGGGGGAACUCAAUUGCUACGGAAAGGCAACAAGGCGGACGAUUUUGCGGAUAUCCUAGACUUUGAUGUGCGGACACCAAAACUUUCUAGGAAAUCUUCUCUGGCUUCUCUUGCAUCGCUGGACACUCCCUCGGGAUCAACUCGGAAAAAAUCGAGUAGUGGAAGAAGAGCUCUACAUGCGCCGACUCCCAUUUCCACAGUUCCCAGCGUGUAUUUCGAGGAGGACUUCCAUUUGGAAAACCCUAGAACUUUUGAUGUUGUCAGCGAACGCUCAGAGGUUAUCCGGCCGACUACAGGCUCUCCGGAUGAACGCCGAGCAAGCAAUGGCUCCAUAAUGAACCCCAGAAAGGCACUAGCUACGAAUGCUAUUCUACAAGAGAAGUUAUCAUGGUAUAUGGACACUAUUGAGGUGCAUCUAAUAUCUUCAAUAUCUACAGCCUCAACUUCUUUUUUCGCGGCAUUGGGAUCUUUGAGGGAACUUCAUUCUGAAGCAGCAGUUUCCGUAGAGAGGAUCAAAACACUGAGAAAGGAAUUGGAAGAGUUAGAUGAAGAAAUGGCUGUGGGUGGAUUAAAGAUUGUAAAUCUGCAAAGAAGGAGAGAGAAUCUGAAGCAAUUGAACGAUGGAGUUCAGCAACUGAAACAAAUAGUAAAUGCCGUUGCGAGUUGUGAAUCAAUGGUGGAGAAUGGUGAUGUGGAGCAGGCAUUAGAUGCCAUCGACGCGCUAGAAAAACUCAUCGCAGGUGAGGAGAUGCUGAGCAAACCAGGCCAACAUAAGAUACAACUCCGAGACUUAAGAGGUGCCAUUGCUUUGCAAGGAGUGAAUAACGAUUUGGAUGUUUUGCGCUACCGGAUUGGAAAAAGCUUCGAGUCUAGGUUUCUUCAAGCAUUACUUGGCGAUCUUAGACGACAUGUUGAUACGGUGUCUGCCGAGGAUACACUACAGCGUUGGAGCAAUGCAUCUUUGAGAGCAAGGGGCAAUCACAGUCGCGAAACAUCGUCGCAACAGCCCACAUAUCUUACAGUUCCUGACCAAUUUCGGACAGAAUUGUUAUCGAACCUAGGCGGCUUGUAUAGGGCAAAAAGUACUUCAGUUGCGACUUCUGCGUUUAGAGAGGCCGUGUUGCGAGAGGUGCGAAAUAUCAUUCGACGCUUCCUCCCUAGUUCUAACGAUGACGAUACCGAUUCUAUGAUGUCGGCGUCCACGGUUGGAGGUGCUAGGCAGAAGAACCAACAAGAGAAGUCUAUGAUAUUAGCUCGCAAUUUGCGUUCAUUAGACCCAGAUGAUGCUGAAGAGCUCCUAAAGAAAACCUAUAUCCAAGUUGGCGAGACUUUAAGAAGGCUGGGAACUCAAGUAAAGGUGCUUUUAGAUGUCACUAGUACUCUUGGCGACCCCGACACUCCCGGGGGAGUAAAGUCACCACCAAGAAGCCCAAUUAUAGGGUCAAUAAAUGCUAGGAUGAGCCCCAGCCUAAGGGGCAAUUCUGGUAGAGAGUUGCAAGAAGAAAUGCACCAGACUCUAGAUAUGUCUAAUCUUCUUGGGCAAGCCGUCGAUAUUGCUCAAGACAAAAUAGUGAAGGUUCUGAGAGUCCGGACAGAACAAAGCACUCAUCUCUCGGUUGAAAGAUUUUUAAGAUAUUUCACACUGAACUUACUUUUCGCAAAUGAAUGCGAAGCUGUCUCAGGUAGAAGUGGAACUUCACUAAAAAAUGUGGUCAACGGCCACAUCAAAGAUUAUGUCCAACAACUAGGCGAAUCGGAGCGGCAAAGUCUUGCCACAGGCAUGGAAGCAGACCCUUGGAAUGCCAAAGAUUUCACUGAUGAGGAUAAGGAACUUUUGUCUAGAAUACUUUCCGCAAGCACGCAAGAUGUCGAAGCCUGGAGCUCUGGUAGCAAAGUAUGGCAGCCUUGUACUGAUUCACCCCUCGGAACUCAAACUUUCCUCACACCCCCAUCGAAUGGCAACCCAAAGAAUGGAACAUCGACACCCAAUUCUACCUCUACACCUAGUAAAGCUCAAACUCGUUCAGCAGUCGUUGAUGAUCAAUCAUACAUCCUCCCCAUAUCUGCAAUUCUUUGUCUCCACGGUCUCGCCACCCUUCUCCACCUUAAUACUGGCAUUCCAUCCAUGACCUCCGAAAUCGCUACAUCGAUACUUUCCUACCUGACCCUAUUCAAUUCCCGCGUACAGCAACUGAUUCUUGGUGCUGGGGCUACCACCACCGCAGGUCUUAAGAACAUAACUACCAAACAUCUCGCUCUCGCCGCUCAGGCCACUUCUUUUAUUUCUGUUCUCAUUCCAUACAUACGUGAAUACGUUCGACGUAAUGCCGGAACGGGCUCUUCAGUUUCUGUUCUCAUGGGCGAGUUUGACAAGAUUCGUCGCGCGUAUCUUGAACAUCAACAGUUGAUCUACGAUAAAUUCCUCAACAUCAUGUCUGGAAGAGCAACUGCCCAUAUCAAAAGCAUGAAAAUGAUUAAUUGGGACGACGAGACUCGAGAUGCUCCUAUCAAUACAUAUAUGGAAACGAUGACGAAAGAGACGCUUACAUUGCAUAAAGUCUUGAACAAGCAUCUCCCUGAUAUGACCGUGAACAUGAUUAUGGAACUGGUGUUCAAAAGUUUCAGAGAGCAAUUGGGGAAGGCCUUCGGGGAUGUGGUUUUAGGAAGUGAAGAUGCCAAGGCACGGAUGCUUCGCGAUGCACAAUACUUCAAGACGCGUAUAGGAAGUCUUGCUGGCGCAAAUGAUGCAGGUGAUUAUAUCAUUGAAGUCGUACAAGAUAAGAAUGUUCCAAGGAACUCAAUUUCGCCUUCCCCGGCGACUGCAUCACCUCCUGAUACCCAGGCUACUGCUCCGACCGAAGCAACGCAACCGGUUGCAGAAAAUGGGAAUGAAAACGGGAACAAUAGCGGAAAUGGGAAUAGCUGA